AGGUGUUGCUACCAUCUUGCAUGUGCGCACUAUUAGGUAGGCAGGCAUGUGUAUGUAGUUUAGCUUGUAGCAUUUUAGUGUUUCCUUCUGCCGAGAACAAAGAACAUAUUGGAAGCCCAAAGGUUCCAUCCCACAUCCAGUGCCGUCUAUCCACGUCUGCAUGCGCUUCCUGUCACGUCGUGUUGAAAAUCGACCAUCGUGCAACUUGACGACUUCCCCCUUAAAGCCAAGCUCAGCACCACUUGUUUCGCUCCUGACGCCAUCCCGGAGAUCCCUGAACCAUCUUCGCAACGCCAUCGACUUGUCGCUUACACUCGCCCUGCCCAUCACACACCAUGGCGCUGAACAAGGACCACAAGGGCUCAAAGUUCUCCCAGUUGCCGCUGAGCACCAGCGGUCCCAUCAGCUGCGCCGUGACCGGCACCGCGUUGCUCAACACCCCCUACCUCAACAAGGGGACUGCCUUCCCAGAAAAUGAGCGUCGAGAGUUCAACCUCACCGGCUUGCUGCCACAGUGUGUUGAUACCCUGGAGCAGCAGCUGCACCGCGCCUAUGAACAGUACAAGUCGCGGCGAGACGAUCUUGCCAAGAACACGUUUCUGACUUCGUUGAAGGAGCAGAACGAGGUGCUGUACUAUCGGCUCUUGCAAGAGUAUCUCCCUGAAAUGUUCAGCAUCGUCUACACCCCGACCGAGGGAGACGCCAUCCAGAACUUCUCCCGCCUCUUCAGGAGGCCUGACGGCUGCUUCCUCAACAUCGAGGACAUUGACCGCGUCUACCACGACCUCGCCCAGUGGGGACGGCCAGAGGAUAUUGACUACAUCGUCGUCACCGAUGGCGAAGAAAUCCUUGGCAUCGGCGACCAGGGCGUCGGCGGCAUCUUGAUCUCAGUGGCAAAGCUUGUCCUCACGACGCUUUGUGCCGGUGUGCACCCCAAUAGGACACUGCCCGUUGUGCUGGACUGCGGUACGGACAACGAAGAGCUCUUGAACGACGAGCUCUACCUGGGUCUCCGCCAGAAUCGCGUUCGAGGACACAAGUAUGACCGUUUUGUCGACGAGUUUGUCAAAGCUGCUAGGAGAUUGUACCCGCGCGCUUAUAUACACUUUGAGGACUUUGGUCUCACAAAUGCACGGAGAAUUCUGGACCAGUAUCGCCCUCACAUCCCAUGCUUCAACGAUGAUGUGCAAGGAACAGGCUGUGUUACGCUCGCCGCCAUCAUGGCUGGGUUGCACGUGAGCAACCAGAAACUCUCCGACUUGCGUUUGGUUGUCUUCGGCGCCGGGUCGGCUGGCGUCGGUAUUGCAGACCAAGUCAGGGAUGCCAUUGCCGCCGAGAGAAACAUCGGCAAGGAGGAGGCGGCCAAGCAUAUUUGGCUGCUCGAUAAGCCCGGUCUGUUGACGACAGAAAGCGAGUUGUCGUCAGCCCAGAAGGACUAUGCGCGAGACUCAUCUGAGUGGAAGGGCAAAGAUGGUUCCCUCCUCGAAGUUGUCAAAACCGUCAAGCCCAACGUGCUCAUAGGCACCUCCACCAAACCCAAAGCCUUUACCGAAGAAAUCGUCCGAGCUAUGGCCGAGGGCGUCGAGAGGCCCAUCAUCCUCCCGCUCUCCAACCCCACACGCCUGCACGAGGCCGUGCCCGAGGACAUUUACAAGUGGACCGACGGCAAGGCCCUCGUCGCGACGGGGUCGCCGUUCAAGCCUGUCAAGGGACCCUGGGGCGAGGGCGGUAAGGAGAUUGAGAUUGAGGUGGCCGAGUGUAACAACUCCGUCGUCUUUCCUGGCAUCGGUCUGGGCUCCGUGCUGUCCCGCGCGAGACUGGUCACGGACAAGAUGCUCGUGGCAGCUGUUGAGGGCGUCGCGUCGCUGAGCCCCGCUUUGAAGGAUCAGAAGGCGCCCCUGCUGCCCGGCGUCGAUGUCGUUAGGGAUGUCAGCGUGAGGGUGGCGAGAAGGGUGAUCAAGGCAGCCGUUGAGGAGGGCGUCGCGAUGGAGGAGGGCAUCCCCGACAACGAUGUGGACUUGGACGAGUGGAUCCAGGAGCAGAUGUGGCAGCCCACCUACCGGCCGCUCAAGCUUGUCGAAUUCAGCGAGGCAAGUAGGGAGGCCAAGGGGGAGAUGAAGGUCGCGGGCAGCUUGGCCAAGGUUGGAAGCUGGUAGAGGAUGUCGUUCAGUAAUGAGCACGCCGCCAACUUGUCUUUACGGUACUUUGAGACAUGAAACCAAUUCGAAUUACAGCAGGUUCGUAUACGUAAUACAGCGGCAGGAUCUACAGUUUCCCAUCCUGGCAAUUAUGCCUCACCGACCCGAAUAACAUUACAACUGUGUCACAACAAGUAACUAUGGUAUUUUUGAGCUUGCUAUCUUGGCCUUCUAGGGGUAAUAUCAAACUUGCAUUAUGCAACGCUGGAU